GUGCAGUGGAAUGAGAUAGCGAUGGUGCAAUUGAUAACUGAUAAAACGGUAAAUAUUUGGCCUGAAGGCAAAAUUGGGCAUUUCAGUGUGGAGAGUGAGUGAGAUUAAAAGGAUUUUAUGUGGUAGACACAUCGACCAAAUCAUGUGGAAUUUAAUUAAAAUUCUGCCCAUCAUCUCAGCCAUUUGGCUACGUGAAAUUAUUCCUAUAGAUGCAGCUACUAAAUCAACACAGGAUGGUGAAUCAUUUCAUAUCACAAUCCUCCUCAAUGACACCUUUCGCUUUGGCGAGAUCAACUUCUACCGGGAAUAUGAACUUCCCGCCAAUUCUGUGACCACAGUCGAGGUAAAAGGGACCAAAGCUCUGUGGGAUGUAGGAUUUGGUGUCCUCCAAACUCAUUCAUUUCUCCACGAAAUCACUCUUUCCUCCAAGAAAAUUCUAGAGCCCAAUCCUACAAAAUCCACAGUAAAUGGAACCAAUAUAGGAUUCAAUGUACAUCGUGAUUCCAUCUACUACAUUCACACGAAAAAAGGGAAUUUCAAUGUGUCCACUGCAGUGGCAUUUGUGAUUUUCAAAAGAACCGGAGCAAUUCCUGGAGGAUGUAACAUGGUGCAUCCUGUAGAGGAGACACCAUUUCUCACGGUGGUGCUCCUGGAAGACACAGUCCGAGUAGAGACACCUCCAGCCGGUUCAGGAGCACCUCGUUUAGGUAAUACAACUUGUGGAACAGAAAACUUCCUGUACGAGUUCAGGUACAUGUAUCUGGCCAAGCAGGAUUUCUCCAGGAGAUCCUACUUCGAUACCUUGCGUACACUCAUGGUUCCACGUACUGCUAUAGAAUCAGGGUACUUGGUCAGCAAAAUGCCAGAAUACAAUCUCCAUCAACUUUAUGCUCGAUACACGGCUAUGGGAUUAUUCUUUGUAACGCUCGUGAUGGAUGGUUUUGGGGAGAAUGUGACAACUUCUUAUGUGCCCAGCCACUCGUACGGAUGUUCUCAGCAACAGCUCACUAAAGACUGCCACAUUAUCGAUAGUACAUCUUUCGUGAUCCUCCUCGUGUUGAUCAUGGUGCUGGGAGCAUGUCAAGUAAUCUUGGGACGUCAAUUGAUCUAUUUGCGGGUCAUUGUCAACAGUUUCAUGAUUGGCGGCUAUCUGGCCUAUGUGAUCUUCUGUACCAUCGACGAUUGGGACCUCAAGAUCAUCAUAAUCAUCGUGGGAGGGAUUGUUUUUGCCAUUACCUGGACACUCCUCUGGCUUCAGUGUCAUUCAGUAUCUGAAGUGGCUGACAUCCUUGGCAGUAUCCUCAAUGGCUACUGCCUGGCCUGUCUGGUGCUUUAUGCCUUUGGAGACAUGAGGAUUCUAGAGUCUCACACGUACUACUGGAUGGUGUUCAGUCUGAUUGUCUUCUGUGUGUCAAUUCUAACAUUUCCGCUGACAAGGAGAGGCGCCAUCGUGAUUACAGCUCUCCUGGGAUCCUUCUUUAUGGGCAUAACGCUUCUCUUCAUGUUCGAUGGCAAUCUUCACUAUGCCAUCAUCAACAAUUGGCGCCGCCUCAAGGAUAAAUCCUUCAGUUAUGCCAUCCUCAAUCCCCAUCUAGACAUUGUUGAUUGCUUCUGCAUUGUGGUAUGGAUGAUGGCCUUCAUUUCCAGCAUCUUUAUCCAGACACGAUUAAUUGACGGAGGAUGCCCAUGCUGGGGACGUAACAAUGUUCGUGUAUUGCGGUUUCGAGACCAAGAGGCUCAACCACUUAUAGCCAGGCUCACAGCUCGAGAGCUCGGAUCUGACGAUGUCUUCCUUUCUCCAAGAUCCAACAGUCGCUUCAUGUCGCGCUUCAAGAGGCACUCCCUCUUCGUCUAAUGAGGAAGAAUGGCUUGUGUCAAGAGGGGAGGGACAGAGGAUGGGCUAAAUCCCAGUAAAACAUUGUGGGGUAUGUUGAGAAAAUCUCCUCAAUUUAAUAUGAUCUCAUUAAAAUAACUUACAAAUUUAUCUUGAGAAACUUUCGUUUCGCAAUUACUAUCAACCGUAUGAAUUUUACAUUAUUUACUGCAUACCUGCUCGUCUUUCGGUAAUCAAGGAAAUUGGGGGAAAUUCUAUGGAAAAAAAAACCAAGAAAAAGGGGUUAUUUUUUUCGAAUAUUUAUAAAUCUUUUUUUUUUUAGUAAAGAGAAAUUCUCCUGUCGUCUUCCUAAAUUACUAAAUUUAUUUAUUAUUUUUUUUUCGUAUAAUACAAGUUUAUAAAGAGUGCAAUUGAGAACCACAGCAUUUUCUUUAUUAUUAAAUCUUAAUACAAGGUGUC